GCGGGUGUUCACUCCCAGCCAGAGCCUAAAGCCAGUUGUGGGGAAACAAGCGGCCGCCACUCUGAGGAGAAAGCAGCAGGGGGAAGGAGUCACUUUCUUAAAAGAAAGCUGACCCAUCAGUCACUCACCGGCCCCCUCGGCCAUCAGCUUCCAGGAGCGACUUUCCGCCGAUUCACUUUAGGUGCAAGUUCCCGGGCAAUGGCGGCGUUGAUCAUUUUGCUGCUGAUGCUCACAGACUUUGGUGAAGCAAGCAUCAACAAACCUGUUGUUGUAACUGUGCAGGGUCCGAAUAUUAAAGAAAACCAAAAAAUUUCAAAAGUGGAUUUAAAGUAUUGUUGCAAAGAUAUAUCACAAGUAAGCACUGAUGAUCCAGACUUUGGUGUGAAGCCUGAUGGCUACUUGUUUGCAACUCGAGCUCUGCAUAUCAGUGAACAACGGAGUUUUAACAUUAAUCUACGAGAUUCACUGACGCUGGUGUGUUGCACAAUUCGGGUCCAUUUGUUGAUCCAGCCAAACUUGCAGCAUGAAUUAAAAGAACGUGUUCGAUCCAAGCGUGCAGUAAUACUGCGACGUCAGAAACGGAGGUGGAGACCUCUUCCAUUUUCUAUCACUGAGAAUGACGCUGGACCUUUCCCCAAGUAUGUUCAAACUAUAAGAUCAGAGUAUGAGCAGAACUAUACAUUGUUGUACAAAAUUACCGGACAAGGAGUCGAUCGUCCUCCAUUGGGUUUUUUCCGUAUUGAACCCGAGACGGGUAAAAUAUUUGUGUUACAGACCGUGGAUCGUGAAGAGUACCCGUCAUUUAGCCUGACUGGGACAGCAAGAACCAAGGAAGGAUUUGUUCCUGAAUAUCCGCUUGAUCUGACUGUCAAAGUAAAUGAUGUGAAUGAUAAUACCCCUACAUUUAAUGAAGAGACGUUCAUUGCAAAUGUAGCUGAAGGUUCACCAGUUGGCACAUCUUUCUUCAAGCUUAUAGCUACUGACCUUGAUGAGCCCAAUACAUUAAAUACUCUGCUUCGUUACAAGAUUAUGUCUCAGGAACCAGCCUCAAAGUUUGGCCAACUAUUCUCUGUUGAUGAGCGAACGGGCGAACUCAAAACAAAGACUGAUAAACUCGACCGAGAGGAGCAGGACACUUACACACUCACAGUCGAGGUGAGAGACAUGGAGGGAAAACCUUACGGAUUAUUUUCUACGGGAACUGUUGUUGUGCACGUUACUGAUGUGAAUGACCAUACUCCAACAUUUAGGACCAACAAAUAUAUGGUUUGGGCUAACGAGAGUGUAAGUGACGUGAUGAUCCUCCGAAUGCCAGUUGAUGACGAGGAUAUGAAGGACACCAAUGCAAGCAGAGCUGUGUUCACUAUCGUUAACGGGGACAGUGAUGGAAAUUUCAAAGUCAUAACUGAUCCCAAGACCAACGAGGGUCUCUUAUACAUUGUAAAGCCCUUAGAUUGUGAGAAAACACCAAAAAUCCCAUUGGAAAUUGCAGUGGAAAACGCGGUCCCUCUGACUGGAAGUUCUGCUUCGAGACAAACUGCUUCAGUAAUAGUCAAUGUUAUGAAUGUAGACGAAGGUCCGGAAUUUGAACCCGCUGUCAAACAAAUCUGGACAAAGGAGAAUGUGGAAAUUGGACACGUUUUGGGCUCUUAUGUAGCAAAGGAUCCUGAGACUCGAAGCAGUGAUGGCAUCAGGUACAGGAAACUAAAUGACCCUGCAGGUUGGGUUUCCAUUGAUUCACAAACUGGUGAGAUCAGAACUACUGCUGUGUUGGACAGAGAGUCUGAAUUUGUAAAAAAUAAUAAGUACAAUGUUACAGUGCUGGCCAUAGAAGACAGAGCUCCUUCAAGGACGGGAACUGGGACAGUGGUGAUCAACCUGGAUGAUGUGAAUGACCACUUUCCAGUGAUCCAUAACAAUCAGUUGUACAUUUGUGAGAACGGACAGCGUCAGUUUGUCAAUGUGUCGGCUGAGGAUUCUGAUAUUGCGCCUAAUUCUGCUCCAUUUACAUUUCUCCUGUCGGAUGAACCACCAGAAAUUAAAAGGAAAUGGACGAUCACCAACCAAAUGGGAACCUAUGCCUAUGUGAAGCCAGUAAAUAAGCUUCCACCUGGUUAUUAUGAAGUUCCUGUCACAGUUCAGGACCAGCAGCACCAAGGAAAAGAGCAAACCUUGAAGAUUACGAUCUGCGAAUGCCCCAACAAUGUAAAUUGUGCAGGAAGACUUGCUUCUGGAAGUGCUGUCCUUGGUGGAAUGGGAAUCCUUGUGAUGUUGUUGGCUGCACUGUUACUACUUUGUUUGCUCCUGGCUGCUGUCGCUUUAUAUUGCGGAGGUGGCAAAGUUCCACAACCUGUGACCCAUACAGGUCAAUAUCAACAAAAUCUCCUCGUCUCGAAUGAUGAGGGCGGUGGUCAGCAAGAUAAGAACCUUGAUGCACUGGACAUCACUCUGCCUCGGAAAAGUCAAUUUGCAACUGAAAGCGUCCCACCUCUUGGCAACCAAGAAACAGGAUUUGGACAACAGACCCAAAUCUACGUGGAUGGAGUGCAAGGACCACAUAUAGGGACAAUGGUUACUGAUGAAAUGGUGAAUAUAACCGGCGGAGGUAUUUACGAUGAAUCAGUGAGUAGACAUCACACACUGCAUCUCCAGAACGACAUGGUGCAUCAAGAUUUGACCACAAUGGACGGGUACAGACUGGACCGGAGAAACAGUCAUCAUCUGAUGGACCUCCUUCGUUCACGUGUUGACCAGGUAUAUGAAGAUGAGGAGCUGAGAGACCAAGCCAUUCAUGGUGACUUGGUACAUGAAUACCGAUAUGAAGGAGCUCCUUCAGUCAAUGGGUCUGUCGGCUGUUGCAGUGACGUGAGGGAGAACAUGGGACAAAACUACUUGAACGAUCUGGGACCCAAAUUUGGCACUUUGGCCAGCAUGUCUUUAAAAAGAUGAGGAGCAUAUAUUAGAGCUUCAAAGUUCACUCCACUGUUUGUGAAGUUGAGAGGUUUUUUUUCAAUUGGAAGGUUUCUGAGGCAAUUGUUAAGUUGUGUUCUUUAUAUCCAAUAACUGCAUGGAACAGAAAUCAGAAUUACUAAAGCGAAUAAACCUUUCAACACAUACCCCACCCCCAAUUUUGUUAUCGACUAAUGCAUUAAGAAGGUGAUUGUAUUUGGCUCGAAUGAAUAUUUCUCUCAAAAUCUUAUAUCAAACUGAAUUUAAAAAGUUCCUGUUAUUUCAUGUUAAGGGCAGGACAUGAAUGUGAGUUUGGGGGAAAAAAAACAAGAUUGUCUUGAUGACAUUUUCAAGUAGACCAUCGAACCACGGAGUGUAAACUUGUAUAGUUUACACUCCGAGCUAUCACAGCAUCUGGAAUUACAGGCUGGGCUGUUUCUUUUCAAAGCCUGUAGUUUAAUGCCUCCUGGGUUCCAUUUGGUUUCAUAGUUGUUGACCGGUACAGCCAGGGGCUGCAGUGCCUUUUGGGAAACUUGUGCAGCGUGAGAUGACGCUUUUUUUGUUGUUGGGGUGGGUGGGUGGAGGUGUGCAGUGUAGGGGAUGGUUGGAGUUUGUAGGGAAUUUCAUGCUGCUUCCUGUACUGUAACGUUGGCCUGCUCUGUCUUUAUUUCUUGAUGUGCACCUUCAUGGCAAAGGUGGUACUGAAACUCACCAGUUGGACGUCCCAGUAACCUGCACUGGCAAGACUCCGACUAACCAGUGUCUCCAUCGCUGGUAAAAUGCAAGUGCUGCUCAUUGUUGGAGUUGUCUGUCACUACUUCUAAAAUAUAAAUCAAAAUGUUCGUGUCCAGAUUUUGUUUUUAUAUUCACUCGUGGGAUGUGGGCAUCGCUGGCUGGGCCUGCAUUUCCUGCUCAUUGCUAGUUGCCCCUUGAGAAGGUGGGGGUGAGCUGCCUUCUUGAACUGCUGCAGUCCAUGUGCUGUAAAUAGACCCAGCUGAACGUUGAUUUCCCUCCUCCCUUGUGGCUGUCCUUCAUUUCCUGUUGUUUCAAACAUUCAUUUAAAACCAAAACAUCAUUUUUUUUUGACCAGGCUUUUCAUCAUCUUGUCUGACAUCUCCUUAUGUGGGGCAGAGUUGAAUGUGUGGUAUUGGAAAAGCACAGCAUCCAAGGAGCAGGAGAAAUUAUGUUUCGGGCAUAAACCCUUCAUCAGGAAUGAAGGGGCCAUGCCAAACUUGUAUGUUUCUUUUCUAGCACCUUGGAAUAUUUUAUGACAUUGAGGGUGCUGUACAAGAGCAAUAACAUGCAGCUACCAACAGAGCACCUUCCAAAUAAAUAAAAUGAGUCCUUUGAACAUUAUAGAGUGCACUCCUUCCCUGUAUCUGAGCUGUCUUGUGUAGAAAUUGCUGUAAUGACGAAGGUUAUAAGACUACCUUGACUCUGGAGAAGGGUGGGGAAUGUCAUCUGUCUUUCUAAAGGGAAAUCUUACCUUGGGUUUUCCUUCAUUUCGCAAUGCGGAUUAGAAGCUCUUGGUAAGUUUCAAUGGGCUCUCGCACUCCAGUAAGGAUGAGGAAGUGGGCAGUGGCUGACUUUCAGUCUUUGGCAUAAUGCUCCCUGCAAACAUGUCUGUUAAGUUAUUGAUGUCUUGUGGAUCUGCUCUAUAGCUAUAAAUACUAACUGCGGUGGGUGCAGAAUUGGAAAGUCUACCCAUAUGUUUAAUUUACUUUCAUGCUUCAAAUGUGUUCUUUUUUGUAACCUUCAGUCGUCAAGAAUAUGGUAGUUCUGGUGUAAAUAUCCACAAGUAAUUUUAUGUGCUGUACAAUACCUGAACAAGGCAUUAUGCACAGUGUACUAUCACCUAUUGUAGAGCUAUGAUUUUCACUGAUACUCAAUGAACUUCGCUUCUGUGGACGACUAUGUGCCUUCAUAUGAUGUGCUGCGGAAGAUCUGAGAUAAAAGCCGACAGUGCUAGAGGUAUUCGUUUGAUGUAGCAAUAUCCGUGGAGAGCAAAACAGCUGAUGUUUUGAGUCGGAAAUGAAAUUUCUCCAGUUCCCUACUGUUCUUUAUUUUUGGACGUUUUUGAUAUUUUUAAUUUUCUUGAACAAUGGAAUUGAAAAUGACUGAUCCCAACGCUGUGCCAGUUUGAAAUUUGUUUAUUGUGUAAUGAUGUAUCGAUGUCUGACUUUUGUAUAUUUGUCAAAGUAUAUUUGUAAAAUAAAACCUGUAAAUAAAAAGGAAUAAGACUGUGUUUCUUGGA